CACCACUUUUUUGGUCGAGUGCCCCCCGGGAAUGCCAAUAGACCAGUUCGAAGUAACCUCAUUGGCAAUUUCGGUAAAAUGACCUUUCAUUUAUUUCAUUAUGGUUGGCCAUGCAUGGUGAUAAUAGAUGCGUAUCAAUUAUUAUGCGAAUUACUAUCACAAGUAUACCAACCAUACAUAUAUCACGUUUAUUUACGUGAAUGUUCCAUAAAGUGUCUUUGAGAGGCUCGACAUAUUCCAACCCUAUAGCCUACAUAGGAUUCACUGCUUACUGAAUGCUCCAAGAUUGCAAUCAACCUGGAUACUACUACUUCAGAGAUAUGGCUGAAAUAAAAGAUGCUGUUGAGUGUUGGACCGGGGAGAUGUCGGCCCUCCUCGCCAAAUCCCCGGCGCAUGCCGCCAAACUCUGCCACGAAUACGAGAAUGUUGUUAUGGCAUACUACAUCCCAAAGAAAGGCAUCGAGCAGACAAAACGAUUCAAAGUUCGUCCAGACGACGUGUUUGUCAUCAGCUAUCCCAAAGUAGGAACAACGUGGCUCCAGCAGAAUACAAUGUUGGUACAGCUUGAAGGGGAUCUCUCAUUCUUCGAAGGGAAGCAUAUCAUUACGAUGGUUCCUUUCUUAGAAGUUUGCACUUUACCGUUGAAGAUGGCGUACAAAGACAAAGGAGAGAUAAUGUAUGGACCAACAGGUGCGGAAAAGGCAGACGCUAUGCCAACCGAUACACCUCGGAUGCUAAAAACACACGUGGUCCCAAGAUGGCUCCCUGACGGACUCAAAGAUAAUCCUCUAGCGAAGGUGCUGUACAUGGCUAGGAACCCAAAGGAUACUGCUGUUUCUGGCUAUCAUUAUUGUCAACUGGUUAAGCCACUUCCGACGUAUACGUGGCAUGAAUUCUUUGAGGAGUUCAUCGCAGAUAGAGCUUUUUACGGUUCUUGGUUCGAGCAUACUCUUUACUGGUGGGAGCUCAGGAAUCAUCCCAACGUUCUCUUUCUUAAGUAUGAAGACAUGAAACAGGACCCGAGGAAAUCCGUGAUUCAGAUAACCGAGUUCAUGGGGAAAUCUUUACCAGACGACGUCAUUGACCGUAUCGUCGACGCGUCAAGUUUUAAGUUCAUGAAGAGUAACAAGAGUAUGAACCCCGAUUUUGCUUUCAAAAAGCCUCUGGACCUCACAAAGGAGAAGUCAUUCAUGCGAAAAGGUAUGGUUGGAGAUUGGAAGAAUUACUUCACAGAAGAUCAAAAUCAUCGAUUUGAUAAACUCUACGAGGAAAAAAUGGCUGGAUCUGGACUUGAAUUUAGAUUCGAAUGAUAAUCAUCACCACAAAUUAAUAUUUUGACUUUCUAGAUAAUUGUAUUUAUAUCUAUUUACACUUAUGCUUAUAAAUAUGACAGUUGGUGAUUUCAAGUUCAUUGUUGACAUUUUGGUGUUGGUGUAAGGUCAUUUUUUACACGAUUAUAACACCAAACAUAAAAUGAAGAUCGUCCCGAAAAGUCACUCACUAGUUGUUGAGAUGUCGAAUCAGUUGUGUUCUGAAUCAGUUUUUCUGAGUAAGUUUUGGAGCAAGGGGAAGUAAUCCAAAUUUCAACACCAAUACCAACACCAAGGCCAACACCGGACUUGAAAUCACCCAAUAUUCAAAUGCUUCAUCAGGUAAUUUCAAAUUCGGUGUUAUUGUUUUCGGUGAAUCUUACAGUAAUAUGAUUAUUUAUU